GAUUACAUUCUCCCACAGGAUCACUUUAUCCCACAAGACUACAUUAUCUCACAGGGUCAUAUUAUCCCACAGGAUCACAUUCUCCUACAGGAUCAAUUUAUCCCACAGCACUACAUUAUCCCACAGGCUCACAUUAUCCAACAGGAUCACAUUAUCCUACAGCAUCACUUUAUCCCACAGCACUACAUUAUCACACAUGGUCACAUUAUUCCACAGGAUCACAUUCUCUUACAGGAUCACAUUAUCCCACAGCAUCCCUUUAUCCCACAGCACUACAUUAUCACCCAGGGUCACAUUAUCCAACAGGAUCACAUUCUCCUACAGGGUCAAUAUAUCCCACAGCACUACAUUAUCCCACAGCACUACAUUAUCCCACAGGAUCAGUUUAUCCCACAGGACUACAUUAUACCACAGGACUACAUUAUCCAACAGGAUCACAUUAUCCCAGAAGACCAUAUUAUCCCACAGGAUUACAUUAUCCCAUACGACCUUUUCUUAAUAGUGUGA